GUUCACUGUUGAAGAAAUGAUGCCCCAUGUCCAACACAUGAAAGGAGGUCACAGUAAAAACCUUUUUCUUAAAGACAAAAAGAAGAAAGGGUUCUGGCUGGUGACUGUUUUGCACAACAGGCAAAUCAAUUUAAACGAUCUUGCUAAAAAACUGGGCAUUGGAAGCGGAAACCUAAGAUUUGCUGAUGAGAAUGCCAUGCUGGAAAAGCUAAAAGUGGGCCAGGGCUGCGUGACUCCCCUAGCCCUCUUCUGCGACCAGGGAGAUGUGAAGUUUGUGCUGGAUGCUGGCUUUUUGGAAGGUGGCCACGAAAAGGUGUAUUUUCAUCCAAUGACAAAUUCUGCAACCAUGGGCUUAAGCCCUGAUGACUUUCUCAAGUUUGUGAGAUCAACAGGCCAUGAUCCCAUUGUCAUGCAUUUCGAUGAAGACAUGAAGUAGAUCAAGUUCACUUUUCUAUUUACUAGGCAUAGAUUUUGCAGAGCAAAACUAGUUAAAAGUCUCAUUAUAAAUACAAUUUGAAAAAA